AUGUCAUUUGGGACGACGGUUAAGAUUCGCAAGCAGUCCCCACAGGAGACGACGAAGAGAGCUGUGGUAAAGCCCAAACUCCGGUUCCUUCAUUUGACACCUCCGAUUGCAAUGGUCGAGCUUUCCCAUUGCCCAGCGACCUCAGCAGGCCUAAAAGCAGGUCAGAAGUCUACCAUAGAGCAUCACAAACGACUGCUUCCUGUGUCACGGCACCAGCGAAACGAAAAUUUUCGCACAGGCGAGGUUUGA